UCUUCUUUUUACGUUUAAAUUUCGAUUUGAUUUCAAUGUACUUUGUAUAUGAAUGUAUUUUCCAUUUGGGCAGGGCCCCAGACAGCAGGGGCCUACCCAGAGAAACACCCCCCAUAAAAAGAUCAUAGAAUUGGAAAUCCAGUAAUAAAACGAAGUAAAUAGAAACUGGAGACAAGUUUUGAUUGCUAUAAGCCGUAACACUACCCGUUAGUCGUAGCCGUAGCCGUAGCCCCCACCUAAUACGGACAGGGAGACACUUGAACGGACUCCGAAAGGUACAUGGAUGGUACUUGGUAUGCGGUGGUUAUUGCUAUUGGUAUUGCCUGCGGUGUCAACCCCUGUUCCUUGUUCCCCAUUGCCCCACAACAAACAACUGUAGACUGACUGUAGAUUUCCUUGACCCAAUUAUCGAUUCGAUCCUACUCAACACCGUCUCGUAAACUGCCGCUCUUCGUGUGGAAUGCGAUCUACGAUGCCAUAGGAUACCAAAGCAACAACAAAAUGGACAACUGGCGCCCGGGAGUCACCACGAACAUGCCCAUCAUGUCGCCGUCGCCAUAUCUCCUCAGCCGCUUCACCAGCAACGUGCCACUGCCCACCCUGUACGCGGGCGAUUCGGCCCGGAAGCCGAAGCUCUCGGUGAUCGAGCUGCUUCUGUACAACAUGGCCUCGCUACUGGCCGGCGUGGCGGCCGGCUACGAUGUGCGCAUGUCCAAUGUGUCGCCGGUGCAUCCCACGCUGCUAAGCGAGUUGCCGGCGCUGAAGGCGGCCCCCAAGGCAGCUGCAGCAGCGGCAGCCGCUGCUCUGGCGCUUUCGGCUGCGGAGAAUUCCCUGACGGAGCAGGAGGAGGAUCAGCAACAGCAGCUGCAGCUGCAGCUUAGGCAGGAGGAAGAGUUGCAGGAGACGCCCCGCAAGCUGGUGGGUCACGCAAGGUACGGCAGUCUGGAGGUGGGCGUCAGCUCAUCACAGCCCACCUCACUGGCCCGUCGCAUCGGUGGCAGUCAGCCGUAUUACACUCCAGUGCAGCGCACGCCCCAGCACCAGAUGCACCACCAGCAGCACCAGCACCAGGCGGCACCACUCGCACCUGCGGCCGCCCCCCUACAGCCGCAACCCGUACAAACCGCUGCCAUAACCGCUCUCUAUGCGGGCUCCCAGCCGCCGACGCCAUCGCCGCGGCGAAAGCUGAGCAACAGCAGCUUUGGCAACACGGACGGUGCCUUCGAGGAAUUUCGCGUGGGCGGCGGCAUCGGACCACCGCCGCUCUACGCCCCGGCCGACUACCUGAGGAACGGACCGAGCUACUCAAACGAUGGUGCCGGCAACUAUCGCAAUGGUUACUUUGGUUCCAACUACUUUCCGUAUCGGCCAGAGCUGAACUAUAGCUACGAGCGUGACUGCAAAUCGUAUCCGGACUACUCCUACGACUACAAUCAUCGGCUGCCCGACUACUACGACUAUCAGUACGAGGCGCCAGUGGUCCCAGUGCCUGUUGCCGUGCCCGUGCCCGUACCCGUGCCGGUGGCAGUGCCCGUUCAAGCGCCCACAUCCUUGCCGCUGCAGGCCCAGACCCGGACGCCGCCGCCCCGUGUCCCCCAGAUGGGUGUGAGUGCCGGUGGCCAUCGGAGGACCCCUUCGACCGUAUCCAGCAACUCAAAUGUACUGCUGGAGCACGAGGAGCUGCUCUACGACUACAACAAUCUCAAUCUGAAUGUCGACUACGAGAGGGAUAGAGAGCAGGCGCCGCCGAUGCCGCCACCCACGAAGCAGGAGCUUUACGCCGGCUCGCCUAAGCUGCUCAAUCGGCUCAUUCACAGCCCCUUGCCGAUGACAAAGAGCAAGUAUGCGUCGGUUGCGCGCCCCGCCAGCCUGCCCUUUGAGCAGCACGCCCUCACCCUCACCUACCAGCAGCCGAUGGUGGUGCCACCGGCCACCGUCAGCAGCAGCCAGGCCAAGCUCCGCAGCUCGCUGAAGAAGUACAACAAAAGUAGCAGCAAGGGCACGGGCACACCUCUGAACGGCUCCAUAUCGUCGCAGCAGGGCACGCCCACGAAUCCCACGCCCCCGGACUCGCUGACCAGCGACGAUAGCUCCUACCUGAGCGCCAAAGAGGGGUCCAUCGGAUCGCAGCACAGUCGGGUACGCUUCAGUCCGGAGGCGUAUCUGGAUGCCAAUUCCUUGCCAUUGCCGCCCCAUGCUCUGGUUCGCCGGAUGACGGCCCCGGCCAUGCAGCAGCCGCAUCACCAGCAACAGCAACAGCAGCAGCAGCAGCAUCAUCAUCAUCGGAGACAUCGUCAGGCUUCCAGUGCCAGCACACCCUCGCCCUCGACAUCCUCCUAGCAGGCGCGACUGGCGCUGACCCUGCAGUUGGCGCGCAGUCCGGGAGCGGACAUCGGAAGCGGAGGCGUAAGCGUAGGCGUAAGCAGUGUGGCAGCGGCUGGCAGCAUGGGCUUAUCGCUGCACCAGCAACGUGUUCCCUAUCGCUGGUACUCGGGUGCUCGACGCUCCCGCUCGGCCCACUACGAGUACCGGCUGUGAGAGAGCGGGACACCAGCAGGAAAGGGACAGCAGCGGCACGAAAGCGAGUGGGAUGGCAAUAGCCCAUUGUACGGCUUAUACCUCAAGGAGUUUCGGAUCAUUGCCGUGAUGAGACUCCAGAAGCAAACCCCUUAGGAGAGACAAUUUAUUGAUGUGUGAAAGUUGAAAUAGUCAUCGAGGUUUUUCAUAUGCGUGUACUUAUGUAUUUCGAUGUUUCGAUGUGCCCCCGACUUGUGCGAUUUGCCUUAAAAGUAGUGUUGAAGACUAGUUCCCGAACCCACAUCCUACAUCCUACAAUCACAUCCGAAGGAAACAGAAUUCUAUAGACAAUUGUACUCGUCGCCUUUUAUGCGCGUAGAUAGCGAGACGGUUUCCAACUCGCAAAACAACAACACCAACAGCAACAAUAAUAAUGUUAAAUAAUACUUUGUAAUUCCGUGAAGAACAUCCACAACAUCCCAAUAUCAAGACACAGACACGCCAGCCAGCCGCCGUAAGCUCCAUUUUUAAGUCUGACAAAAUGUUUAUAUAUAAUCAUACCUUAUACCUUAUAUACAUAUAUACCUAGACUAGAGACCGAUAUAUAUAUAUAUAUAUAGCUGCGUUAAUUCCCCAACCACUAGCUCUGAAUUGAAUACUAUAUUAUGAUGUGUAUUGGUAUAGUAUACUCGUACUCAUUCAAGAUAAAUACUAUACGUUAUAUGUGUAAGCCCAUGCCCUAUAUACAAAAAAACAGCAGUCUAGCGAAGCGCGCUAUUUUCCAAAUAACAAAAAGAAUGUAUGAUAUCCAGAAAAACAAUAUACAUAUACUCGUAUACCCAUGUUCUUCUGCUUAGAGGUGUAUAGCUUAUACUUUGUCCUUGCAGAGAGGAAUUGUAAUGUCCUGUCCGUCUGUUCUUAACUUUUUGUAUCGGUUCUAUCAGGAACAAUCCAUCUGCAAGGGUAUCAGAUGCUUCGGGCUCCCGAAGCUAGCCUUCCUCCCUUGUUAUAUAUUGGAAUGGUCGGUCACAAAUCCACUCUACACACACACACACACACAUAUAUAUAGAUAUAUACAAAUAUGAUGAUUAUCUAUAACUAAUUAAUAACUAUAAUUUAGACAAAUUGUUGUUUAUGCUCACAGGAGAAACGCAAACGUUAACCAAACAAGAAAAGAAAUGGGGAAAAAGGAAUAUAUGUAUGUACGUGUCUGAUAGUUGAUAGAGAACCAAAGCAAUAUAUCUACAUAUAUACGCAGACAUACUAUACUAUACUAUACCAUA